AUGGAACGUCCCGCUGAACCGCUGCUCCGAUGUUUCGACGCUAACGAUGCUUUACAUCGUCCGCCGUCACCCCCGCCCCGAAAAAUACCGGAAUCUGCGUUAUUCGCCCUCCGGGGCAUAUUGGUGUCGUCUCUACAGACGUCGGGCGGCAACGGCCACCGGAUCGGCGCUGCCGCCGCGCCCGUUCCGCGAGCUCGCCACGCUCCUGGCCGGACAUCGUCCUCGUCGCCGCCGCCACCUCCUCGACGUCGUCCACAUCUGCACGUCACGUUUGACUCGCCAACUGCCCGCGCCACCGCCGCAGGAGUGACCACUGUUAACUCUGACAACCGGCCAAGUACGGCACCAACACCACCUCAACAUUCUUCUAGAGGAAAAGAAAAUGCAAUCAAAGACCGCGAAGAACGAUUACGACUUGUUCGUGAAAAACACGACGAAGAACGUCAAAGAAAACUCGAUGAACUCAAACAACAAGCACUGGCUGUACAAAGGUAUCGAGAACAAAAAGAGGAGGAAAGACGGAGACGUUUAGAUGAAAUGCGUUCACGAGAUUCUGAAAGGCGACAACAAGUGGAAGAAAGAAAAAGACAAUUGUUUGAAGCCGAAAGAGAGAAACGAGACGCUAUACUAAAAAAAAAUCUAGAACGCGAGGCCAGAAUUGUGUCAAAAAGAAGAAAUGAGCGUAGUUCAAUUGUUUUUGCAUUCGGAAGUUCGACGCCUCGCAUGCUUGAACCAUCAGAAACUGGCGGAUCGUACUGGGCUAGUCGCAGAGCUACAUCUACCAGCAAUGUGAUGAUGCUGAGCAGUACAACUCCCAUGGGCCCUCUGACAAGGAGGUCGUCAGAGCGCGAGCUGAACGAAUGUUCUGGGAAAAAAAGGGCUGCUUCAGCUGGCGGUCUGUCGAACCGCAGUACCGACGAAGGCGGUGACGGGAGCGCCGAACGGAGGGCGGCCAGACGGAAGACGGACCUGAUGCCCACCAUCGUGUCCCCGCGUGACCUGACGCCCUGCAGCCGUCCCGGAUCGUCCAGUUCGUCCCGUCGGUCACCAGGUAGGGCGAGUUCGAUGACUCGGCUGGACGGCACCGCAGCCACCGCUUUCGGCGGCGGAGGCGUACGACUGCUGUCGUCGGCGCGCAGCAUGAGCCACUUGGCCGGCGGCGGCGGGCGAUCUGUUGUUUUAGGUGCCAACAAGGAUCGCUCGACGCACCACCGUAGUAUGAUCGCCUUGAACCCGGUGCCGCCGCCCAGACCCACCAGAGCCGAGCGACUGCGCAAGCGCGCCAGAGAAUUCGCAAACGGCGGUGGUGCAGGCAUGAAAUCUGGUGAAAUGACGCCGAAUCGACCUCAGAGUUCCAUGAGUCAGUCGAGCACUGGACCUUUGCCAACGCAACCGAGGUCCAGGCCCGUGGCGACGCCACGCAAACCGCGACCAAUCAGUAUAGCUGUGACCGGCGUCACAUCCGAUCCACCACCCGCAAAGUCUCCGGCCACUGGCGAAAGACCGCCAUUGCCCAAAGUGAAUGUUACCAAAAAGUCGAUUACCCCUAAGGUGGAGACGAAAAAGUUCCCCAACGACAAUACAAAACAGCAGUCAUCGACGGCUGUGAAGGACAAAAAUAAAAACUCAAAGAAUUCUACUGAAACUUCUGAUAACGUCGAAUCUUCUGAUCAGCAGCACACCACUACGGUGGUUUCCAAAGACGAAGACAGUCAUCGUGAAAAUUCGAUCCAAGGGUCGGUGAACGACCUGGCCGAAUGCGACAUGACCGCUUCGAUGUUGGCUACGAAACAGAAGAUCUCGACGGAAGAAGAAGCCAAGGCCGCGUUGGCGGAACGCAGAAAACUGGCGCGUGAACAAGCAGAAAGAGACGCGGAGUUAGAAAGACAACGAUUGGAAGCCGAGCGAUUGGCAGAAGAAGAACGUUUGCGUUGUGAAGAAGAAGAACAACGCCGGCAAGAAGAAGAACAACUGCGAAUGCUGGAAGAGGCUCGGAAAUCCGAAGAGUUGCGGUUGCAGUUGGCCAUCGAAGAGACGAAAAAACGCGAAGAAGAAGAUAAAAAACGUAAAGAGGAAGAACACAAGUUGAAAUUGGAGAAGGAAGAAGCUGACCGCAAAGCAAAAGAAGAAGCGGAAAAGCUGAGACAAGAGAUGGAAAUCAAAUUGAAAAAGGAGGAAGAAGACAGGCAGCUUAGACGUAAACGAGUUGAAGCCAUCAUGCUACGGACUAGGAACCAAGGCAAAGGAAACGCGUCGACUAAAGAAGAGACUGAAUCUGCCGAGCAACAAGCCGGCGAGAAUAAAACGGAAAAACCGUCGUCUGACCCGAUGACGACUAGUCAAGGACCGGUAUCCGAGACCGAAGCGAUGCUGACCGCCGAGAGGGUUCAUUCGUCGUCAUCGACGACGUCAUCAGCAUCCUCGUCGCCAACAUCACCGCCCGGCGAUACGCAGUCCAACGGAUUGCUUCCGGUAGAAACUUCCGGUUCCAAACAAAACGGCCGUGCGGACAACUCGGCGGUGCAUCAAAGCAACGGCUGCCUUCCGACGGCCAACGGUGGCACCGUUUUCAGCUCGGAAGUACAAUUAAACAACGUGACCAACAAUCUGCUAGAUUUAUCGUUGGAACCCAUUCCGUCUGACGCUCUGUCAACGCAACAAAUCAUUGAUAUCGGCAUGAGCAAGUGCAUUCAAGGCAACACCGCGGACUUUCCCGCGUACCAAGAAACUAAUAGAUCAGAACAACAAAUUGUCAAUGAUCUACUGUCUUAA